AUGGUUUGCUCGAGUCAUGCUCAAGAUGUGGAAUAUCGUAUAGAGACUACAAAUAAUGCGGCAGCGGGCGGCACGUAUGAGACAAAGCAGCCUUUGGGUCUUCAUGAACAACUGCUAUUGUGUUUUGCCUUUCAAACUAAUGCCAGCACUAUUUUGAGUAUAGAUCAACAGAAAGAGACACAAACAUCCUGUGUUCAUGGUUUACGCGUCAUCUCCGUUUUAUGGACCAUAAUGGUGCACACAUACUUGCAAAUGUUUAAUAUUGGAGAAAAUCGAUUCAGACGCAUCAUGGUCGAACGUUCACCUUGGUAUCAAAUUGUUGGCAAUGCCACAUUUUCCGUUGAUACAUUUUUCUUUAUAAGUGGUUUUUUGGUAACAUUAUUAUAUUUGAAGAGCAUGAAAAAGGAUGCCGAGGAUUCAACCAAAUAUAUGAAAAAAGGCUUUGUCGAUACCGUCAUAUUGGUGGUGUACCGAUACAUACGUUUAACGCCCGCUUAUUUGUUUGUGAUAUUUUUCAAUGAUUUUGCCUUAAGACAAACUUUCGAUGGUUCGGUCUUCCAGCCCACUGCUACCAACACCUGCAGCAAAUAUUGGUGGCGCAACAUAUUGUAUAUAAAUAAUUUUUAUCCAUUAACUGAAAUCUGUAUGAUAUGGAGCUGGUACAUGGCUAAUGAUAUGCAAUUCUAUAUAAUGGCUACCUUGUUAUUGAUACUGUCAGCUAGAUAUUUCAAAACCAUGGUCCUUACUAUUUGCACUUUUCUGGUUUCUUCCUGGGGAGUAUCCGGAUUAAUAUCUCUACGUUAUCACUAUACACACAAAGUGGCGAAACCCUUUGAAUCAUUUGAUUUCCUCUAUGACAAACCAUGGCAAAGAGUGGGUCCCUAUAUAAUGGGCAUGUUGGCUGGUUAUAUAAUAUUCAAAGUACGCUCUCCCCCUAAAAUAUCGCAACGGGUAAAUAAUUUACUGUGGGUUUUGAGUUUGGGCUUGAUUAUAGUGAUAAUAUUUGGGGUGUGGCAGGGGGAACUUAAUGAGGUGACCACAGCGUUUUAUGUGAGCAUAGGUCAUACAGCCUUUGGCUUCGGUUUAAUUUGGGUGGUCUUAUCCUGCUGUUGGAAUCUUUCGCCCACCAUGAAUCGCAUACUAUCCUACCGCUGCCUAUGGCCCUUAUCACGUCUUACCUAUUGUACCUAUUUAAUACAUCCCGUUAUAAUGCUAAUCACAGCCUAUCGCAUGGAUGGCACAAUUCAUCUGAGUAAUGUUUUUAUAUUGAUUAUAUUUCUGGGAAAUGCGGUGGUCUCUUUCAUAGUGGCCUUUUUCAUAUCGGUGGUAUUUGAGGCACCGGUUAUACGGUUGCUUAAGAUCAUUUUUCGUAAAUAGAAAAAGUUUGUAGUUUGUUUGUAAAUAGAAUAUUAUACUUUUUUGAAAUUCUAGUGACUGUUUUUUAUAAUAAUUUAGUAGCAUUUAAGUUGUAGUACUUUAAAUAAAGGUUAGAGGUGGUUUAGUUUUAAGAUUAUCGGAUUUAACCAAAUGAUUUUAUAUUCUUGCCUUUAUAUAAUUAAGUUUAU